AUGGCGUCCCAAACACCGGCCGUUGUCAUGGACAACGGCACCGGCUAUUCGAAGCUUGGAUUCGCCGGCAACGACUCCCCUUCCUUUGUCUUUCCGACCGCAAUUGCCACCAAGGCCGGUGCUGGAAGCGCUGGAAGCUCCGGGAGCCGGCCGGCAGUUGGGAACAAGCCGUCGUUCCUGUCGAGCGGCGGCGGGGCCAGCUCGCACCUGUCCGGGAAGCGUGGAACCGAGGACCUGGACUUCUUUAUUGGCGAUGAGGCCCUGGCUGCAGGCAGUGGCCCUGGGUACGGCGUCAACUAUCCCAUCCGGCAUGGACAGAUUGAGAACUGGGACUAUAUGGAGCGGUUCUGGUCGAACUCCAUCUUCAAGUACCUGCGUGUUGAGCCCGAGGAUCACUACUUCUUGCUCACGGAGCCGCCGCUGAACCCCCCAGAGAACCGUGAAAACACCGCCGAAAUCAUGUUCGAAUCGUUCAACUGCGCCGGUCUUUACAUUGCCGUGCAAGCAGUACUGGCCCUUGCCGCAUCGUGGACAUCCUCCAAGGUAACCGACCGCUCACUAACCGGAACCGUGAUCGACUCGGGUGACGGUGUCACGCACGUUAUCCCCGUCGCUGAGGGCUACGUCAUUGGAUCUUCGAUCAAGAGCAUACCCGUCGCCGGCCGAGACAUCACCUAUUUCGUACAGAGCCUGCUGCGGGAUCGCGGCGAGCCCGACAGCAGCUUGAAAACGGCUGAGAAGGUGAAGGAGGAGUACUGCUACGUGAGCCCGGAUAUCGUCAAGGAGUUUGCGCGGUACGACCGCGAGCCAGAUCGCUUCCUGAAGCACACCGUCACCUCGCCCAACGGGCGCAGCGUCUCCAUUGACGUCGGUUACGAACGCUUCCUGGCUCCCGAGAUCUUCUUCAACCCCGAAAUCUACUCGUCCGACUUCCUGACCCCGCUGCCUACCGUCGUCGACGGCGUCAUCCAGUCCUCGCCCAUCGACGUCCGGCGAGGCCUCUACAAGAACAUUGUGUUGUCUGGUGGUUCGACCCUCUACAAAGACUUCGGCCGCCGUCUCCAGCGCGACAUCCGGCACCUGGUCGAUGCUCGUAUCCGUGCCUCCGAGGCUCGCAGCGGCGGUGCCAAGAGUGGUGGUCUGGAUGUGGCCGUUGUCACGCACAAGCGCCAGCGUCACGGCCCCUGGUUCGGAGGCAGCCUGUUGGGCCAGACGCCUGAAUUCCGGAGUUACUGCCACACCAAGGCUGAGUACGAUGAGAUCGGCCCCAGCAUCGUGCGGAGAUUCGCGCUCCUCGGUGGCCCGGGAACGUAG